AUGAGCAAAGAAAAAUCCUUAAGGCAUUCCCCUACAGAAAGGAAUAAAGCAGCAAAUAAAUAUGUGCAAUUCUUGAUUCCUGUCAAUAUAUUUUUAAAAAUAUUCUUUUCGCAAGGAGCCUUACAUGGAAUAACAUACGUGGGAAAAACAUUUCUUCAUGUACUAGAAAAGUUGAUGUGGAUUAGUUUGAUUGCGAUUUGCUUUUAUUUUUGUAUCACACUAAGCUUGGAAUCUUGGGAGCGCUUUCAACGGAAGAGCACGGUGGUUACCAUAGAAAAGGACCACUACUACUGGAACAUUUCGAUGCCCAGUUUGACCAUUUGUCCGAUGCACCGGAUCGAUAGGGAUCUAUUUGGUGAAUUUUGUUCCAGAAAUAAUAUUUUCGAUCCGGAUGAACAAGAGGAAAUGUUCGACUUCAUCGAAUCGCUGGCCAACUCUACCUACAUGAACUUUCGCAACAUCAAGGGUUCACAGAACGUUGAUCGGAUUCUCUCUAUGCUUCGCAUCCAACCGAAAGAUUACAUGAUGCUGAUUGCAAACCUCACAAAGGAUUUAACCCGGCAGGACCACCAGGAAUUUCGUGUACGCACUUUAGCCAACCUGGAGUACAUCAGAACGCUUCAGACACUGACCGAGUACGGCAUUUGCUACACAACCAACAGCUUGAUUGCUCCCAAUUUAACGACAAGCCAAUUAUUGAAAGGACAUCCACCGGACGAAGCGUACUUCUACCUGAAUCAUAAAGUACAUGACAUCCGCUUCGGAAAUCUAUUCGACGGUGACAUCACCUACAGCUUCAUUGGCUUCGAUGGACCAAUUUCCGUAUUUUAUCACAGCCCAUACGAAACGAUCAGCAUAGCCCGGUAUCUGCCGUACAGCAACGAAGCAUACGAGUUCGAAACGUACUCCAUCGAAAUCGUUACAACGAAGGACUUCCGGGAAGAUACCUCUGUUAAACAACGUGGAUGCCGUUUCAACUUCGAGUCAAACCUCACCCAUUACAGUAUAUACACAAAAGAAAUCUGCCUUCAAGAGUGUCGUUUAAAGAUGGCCUAUGAUCGCUGUGGAUGCAUUCCUCACUUUUAUCCCAACAAUAUCAAACAUCCGAAGCCCGUAUGCGACUACAGGACACUGAAGGUUUGCUUUCCCCCGCUGGAGGAGCUGUUUCUCGAAUUUCAAACCCAAGGGAGCCACGACCAGGUCCAAUGUUUCUGUGAACAAAAUUGUGUUGCUUCAAAGGUUGUCGUCGAAAAAAUGCAGGUACUCGUUGGCACCCGCAAGCUCCUCGGUAGCAACGGUGGACUCGUAAUGAUGAAGCGAUUCCCGCUUAUCCGCUUCAGCCGACAGGUGUUAUUUACCUUCACUGAUUUACUGGUAUCCAUCGGUGGAACAGCUGGCUUUUUCCUGGGCUUCAGUGUGCUAGGCGUGGUGGAAAUUGUCUACUUUUUCACUCUUCGAUUGCUCUGGUACAUGCUGGGCCGCCGCUGA